AAUUAUUAUUGUUUGUUUGAGAGCGUUGAGUUUGAGCAACUCUUGUUGACAGAGAUUCCUUCUCUCUCUUUCUGCGUAGAUCUACUCCUCAAGCAAACCUCUCUCACGGCAAUCCCAUUACCUUGUGCCUGGGUGACUGACUGCAUAUUAUUAGCCGUGUUCAGUAGAAGAAGGGCUUUUUACUUGAUUACUUUGUUGUGCCAUACAGUGAAGAGUAUUUUGUGAGUGGAGAUUCAUUGUCCAAACGCAAAGAUGGCCUGUGCAGUGUACUUGCCUCCAGCAGGUGAUGCAGACUGUCAGACAAUGGCUUUGGCACCCCUAUCGGCGUUUACCUGCUGCUCCGUGGAGCGUGCUGGCCGCUGGUAUGGUCUGAGAAGUCGGCGGCAACGCGACGUCUCCAUGUCCAGUGCGCAUAAUAGCUGCAGUGUCGAUGAUGGAGAGGAGGGUGUCGACAGCACGGAUGGCGCCACAGCCACUGCUGGGGACACUACAAGCGGAUUGCUGAAAAUACAGAGCGACUUUGAUCUUAUGUCACUAGAUCCCAAAGAUAAGAAGGAGCAAGAUCACUACGCUGUCUUGGGACUGGCCCACCUUCGUUAUCGGGCCAGUGAUGAUGAUGUGAAAAAAGCAUAUCGAAACAUGGUGUUGAAGCACCAUCCGGACAAGAGAAAAGACACUGGUGGCUACGGUCGUGAGAGACUUGAUGCUGUUUUCACGUGCAUCAAACACGCCAAUGAUGUAUUGUCCAAUCCGUCCAGCCGGCGAUCUUAUGAUAGCGUUGAUCCGAAUUUCGAUGACGCCAUUCCGUCCAACUCCGCAAACUCCAAGGCGAACUUCAUCUCUGUGUUUGGGCCGGUGUUUGAGCGUAACAGUAGGUGGUCCCGUGAUCAGCCUAUGCCUUUACUCGGGGACGAUGACACAUCGUACGAGGAUGUGGACGACUUCUAUGGUGCUUGGUACGAGUUUGAUUCUUGGAGAGAGUUCUCUUACCUCGACAAGGAAGAUGUUGACAAGGCAGAAAGUCGUGAGGAACGGCGCUGGCUGGAGCGACAGAACAAGCAGCAGCGUACACAGAAGAAGAAGGAGGAAUCCACUCGUCUUCGCACCUUAGUUGACAAUGCUUACGCGUGUGAUCCAAGAAUUCGUCGCUUUAAGGAGGAAGCAAAGCGGAAGAAAGAGGACCAGAAGGCUGCUAAGGCAGCUGCCGCGAAGGCUGCGGCUGAUGAGCGACUACGGGUUCAACGUGAGAAAGAGGAGGCAGAGCGCAAACAACAGGAGGCGGAGGCAGAGGAGGCACGUCUUCAAGCGGAGGCGGCACGAAAGACACGCGAAGCGAACAAGAAAGCCAUGCAGAGAGAACGCAAGGCCUUCAGAACUGCUUGCAAGAGUCACAACUACUUCACAGAUGAUGAUGCGAAGCGUGUGUCACACAUGGAGAAUGUUGAGCUACUCUGCGAAGCCCUGAGUAUCACACAAUUGGAACGACUCCGUACUGAAGUCAGCGCAGCCAACUAUGCCGAUGCCAAAGGAGCAUUUGACCGCCAAGUUUCCCAGCUGCAGUCCCAACAGGAACGGGAGGUUAGGCAAGCAGCGGAAGCAGCAGCAGCCAAGCGCCGGGCAGAGGCAGCGGCCAGCGGCAAGUCAGCAUCUCAGAAUAGUUGGGGCAAUGACGACGCGGCUUUGUUGGUCAAGGCCGUCAAGAUGCAUCCAGCCGGCACAGUCAACAGAUGGGAGGUCAUCUCCCAAUUUGUAAACCAACACAGUACUUCGGGAGCAACGCGGACCAGUAAGGAGUGCAUCUCAAUGGCGAAGAACAUCCAGAAAGAUGCCACAAUGAAGAAGGAUGUAAACAAGAAGGCAUUUGAGCGAUUUGACAAGCAACAUGGACAAGCAGCCUCAAGGGAGUCCGUUCCAACAGAGAGAACCGAAGGCCCAUCAGGAAUGAGUCCCUGGACAGCAGAUGAACAAAAGCUGCUCGAGAAGGCCAUGAAAGCUUUUCCGAGCUCUGACCCUGAGCGAUGGGAGAAGAUUUCAGCCAAGGUCGGCACUCGUAGUGUCGUGGAGGUCAAGAAACGCGUCAAGGAGCUCGUUGACAAAGUCAAGGCAAAGAAGUCUGCUGCUGCUGCAUCCAAGUGAUGUCUUGAUCUUUUCGUGGCUCAUGACGCUGUGCGGAAAGCCCGAUGGUUGUUUUGUUUCAUUUUAUUGUUUUUGGUGAAUAAGAAGUCCUGUCAGAGUUCUCGAUCUCGUCCAUGUCACUGGUUCUCUUUCGUUUGAUUUCCCUUCCAAGCUCUUAUAGUCUUACAAUUCUCAGCCUCUUCUAAUUUGUACAUACACGUACGUACCAACAAACGAUAACUUUUUUUCUAUAAUAAUAAUUUUUAAGUACUUGUAAAACAUCGAUUCCACUCGAUCGUAGUGUUCAUGCAUAUUUCUGCCACCAUCGAUAUGCAUCAUGAACGUUUUCGCUCCAUGAAAUUAUACCGAAAUUGAAAAUACAAAUAAGAUGCUGGAAAAUUUGA